AAGAUGGCAACAACUUUGCACAAUACAUGGGGGGAAGAUUUUCAUAUGAAUAUUCAAUAAUGGUGACAAUGAAAGGAUUUUUCAUUGAACUAGAAAAAGUUUUGACCAUAUUUUCAUGCUUUGAUCUCUCAAAAAACAACUUCGGCGGAGAAAUACCAAUAGUUAUUGGAAAGCUUAGUUCUCUCAAAGGACUUAAUCUUUCUCAUAACAACGUUAAUGGUUCUAUCCCACAUUCACUUGGGAACUUGACCAGUCUCGAAUGGUUGGACCUGUCUUCCAAUGAGCUAGUUGGGGAAAUUCCGCAAGAGUUGGUAUCUUUAACAUCACUUUCUGUUCUAGACCUUUCCAACAAUCAACUUGACGGAUGUAUACCACAAGGCAAUCAAUUCAACACCUUUGAAAACAGUUCGUAUGAGGGAAACCCUAGGUUAUACGGAUUUCCAUUAACAAAAUCUUGUGAUGGAAAUGGAACGUUGCAACAACCACUUGGCUCCUUCCAUGGAAAAGAUCAUGAGUUAUGGGAAUUUGGUUGGAGAGUUGUGCUGCUAGGGUACGGAUGUGGAUUGGUGUUUGGACUACUAAUGGGGUAUUUUGCCUUCCAAACUGGAAAACCAAAAUGGUUUGUGACUUUGUUUGCUGGCCAACAUAAUCAAAAAGCAAGGAAUGUGAAGAAAGGUUGAACAUGUGCUCAAAGAAGAACUUAAUUGCAGAUUUGGUGACUAAGACCUCAGUGUUCCCUAAAUGUUCUUGUUUUGAUUGAAUUGUGUUUUUUUAUGACAUACAUAACCUUAUCAUCUUCUCUAUGUACUUCGUAAUUCUCUAUCUCUGUUAGAAAAUAUGUUUAAAAGGUCCGUUUAAUGUAAUUACUGUUGAAUACAAUAAACUUAAAUAAAUUUC